AUGGACGCCCAACAACAACUCAUCCAACACUUGGAGCAGCAAAUCGUAGAGCUCAACCAGAAGCUCGAGCAGGAGAAAGACGACCAUCAGCAGACGAAAAACCAGAUCUCUUUCGAGCAAUCAUUGGUUCAGAGAUUGAGCAGUAUGGUCCCCGACUUGGAAAGCACAAUCUCCACUCUCACCGAUGAGAACAACGAGUUGAAGCGGAAGCUCCAAAAAGAGGCGGAGUCGAAGAAGAAGCUGGAGGGCAAGGUCAUCAGAAGAAAUCAGAAGAUUCUGAAGUUGGAAGAAGAGAAGAAGGCGUUGGAGGAGAAGGACCAGGAGCUCUCGGAGCAACUUCACGUCGUGGAUGCCGAGCUCCAUCAAGCCAAGCAGGAAAUCAAGAUGCUCCAAAAGACAAUCGCCAGAAGAGACGCCACUAUCCGAACAACGAAGGAAGUGGUGUCAGGUGUCAUUGCCAAACAGGAUUCGGACACUGAAUCACACACUUUGAAUAUGGUAAUGAAGCUUAGUGAGGCGGAGCACACGGCAUUGGUCAAGGACAAAGAGAUGACGAUUCUAAAGGACAUGAUGGCUACUAUCAUUUGGUGA